AUGUCAACGGACACCAGUCGCCAGACCUCUCAGAAGGCGAUGCUUGAAACCAGCAGGAGAUCCGCCAUAAGUACGUCCGAGCUAGGGCUCUAUUCUGAUCGCAGUGAUCGAUACAACAGGAACCGUUACGGCCUAAUCGCGAGGAAAUUUGCGAUUGGAGUUAUGGUAGUGGUAACAGUAAUACUGGUGGCGAUAUUUAUGUACGAUUUUACGUCUGCCACAUCGGGACACAGUAAAAUCAAUCAAGAAACGAAGCAUAUAUAUAUACUACAAAAUGCUCUCAAAAAGUCACCUAAUUUUAUGAAAAAGUCUGCGAAUUCCACGAUCCUGUCCGAAGCUAUGGUUCGUCAAAUGGACACUCUUUAUAUGGAAGAUCGUUCGGAUGAUGAGAAGUAUGAUGAUUUCAUGCAAAGAAAUGCAACGAGUGAUGUAAUGAUAGACGAGACUAUGGGUGAGCCGGAGAUGAGAGCGCAAAAUCUGCAUAACUUUAAGCACCGGAAGAGAGUGUUGAAGUCUGUUGAAGAUGCCAGGGGAAACGAGGAAGCCGAGGCCAAACAAUUGUUCGACAACCAUGCGAUCGUUUAUCGAGUGAGACAAAGAUAUAAACAUCCAGAUUUGGACGAGGACAUGAAUACGGAUGAGACUCAACCGAUACCGUUUCACUGGGAAUUCAAGACGCCGCAUCCGACAUCAUUCAAACGUCCAAGAUAUCCGCAGUUGACGCAAUACCGAUAUCCGCAUUCGUCCAGGAACAUACAGGACAUCAUCAAGUACCUGACGAACAACGCCGAGAUGCCGAAUCGCGGCAUCAAAUUCACCGGCGUAUAUGUGAAUCCGAAAAAAUACGAUCUGAUCCCUGCUAUGGGGGAAAUGAUGUCCAAUAACGAUAAAUCCGAAAUUGAAGAGAUGCCAUCUUAUUCGAUCAAAUCGCAGCACCAUAACGACCCAUUUUAUCAAUACAAACCGAAACACCCGGCGGACGUUAAUCUCUUAGCCACAUCUAACGUGAGAUUCUCACCGAUCGGAGUACAUCGUUACAGCCCUUACUACGAUUCUUUAUACUCUCGACCUAUGUUCAGUUACAACAAACCGAUCAUGACGGAACCGCAGUACGAAAGUCUCGGUUCCUACUCGACGAACACUUUCGCGAAGAGCCGAAAACCAAAGCCGUUCAGUGUGAUGCUCGACAUUUAUCCCAUCACUGAUAUCAUGGAGCAGAAUAAGAAGACAUCGUGGCCGAGACCGCAAGAAUCUACGGAUGAUUACGAUUCUAGGAGACCUCUUCAGUUUAAUCGUGUGCCGAAAUUUCACGCAUCGUCCGCGCAACCGAUCCCUCUUAUAGCUAUACCCAGCCCUACGACUUUAUCAGAAGAAGAGGAAAAGCAGCAAAUGAUAUUUCAUCUGAAUCUGUAUCCUCGAAAGAAGAGUAAACUCAACAGACACGAUAUCAUUCAUCGAUCAGAAUUAAUGGGAACUCAGGAGCGGCAGCAAUUCGCGAAGAAGCUAAUGUCUCCCUUGGAAUCGAUUGCCAAACAUUUGACCGAUCAUUCCGCGAUCGAGGAAUCGAAGUUCGAGAAAAAUCAAAACUCAGAAACGACUAGUACGCCGAUAACGCGAUACCACGAAAUGAAUCUGGAGGAUUCUAAGCGUGAAAAGAACGGAGAACUUAUGUUAAAUAACGAUUCAGAAAUCUAUUCAGAUCUGGAUAACGAUGAUAGUAUUGUUGGGGAUACUACCGUACUUUCCAAUCAUAAAUUAAGUCUAGAUGAGGAUUAUGCCAGCACGGAGAAAUAUGAAAUAAACGCACAGAAAAUGAUAAUGAGUACGGAGAAGAAUUUUGCGAAUUGCGAUAAUGCAACGGUAAUUGACAGCUCGAAGGCCAACGAAGACAAAAGCAUCGAUCUUUCAAAAGAUAUCGAUACUACCAAAGAAUUUUAAUGUUUCACGAUUUUUUACCUUGGGAUUGAAUUGAAAGUGUAGCUGAGAAUUGAGAAAAUUGAGAGUUGAAAUGUUUUAUCAAAUAUUCUUUGAUACUUUAAUGUUCUAUUCUGAUGUCACAGAAAAAAACGAAAGAUAUUUUACAUUAUUCUGUUUCAUUUGGAUCAUAAAAAAUAUUUUUAUAUAUAAUGCAAUUGUUCUCGUAUCUUAUUUGAUGAAAUAUAUAUUUCUGUAUUUUUAAUCUUAAUUAUUUUUAUCGGUAUUUAUUUCAAAACUUUGUGUAAAUGUUAUAUGUUCUAUAUUAUUAAUUUAGACAAUAUUUCACAGACGCCAGAAAGAACAAAAAGUUAUAAACUUAUAAUGAAGCUAUUUAUAUUUACAAGCAAGCACUUAUAAGUCAGAAUGAACAUUUUGACUAGAUUCAAUAAAUAAUCGACAAACUUUCAUAAAUUACAGAAACAAGAAUUUAUCUCUAUUUUAUUGAACAUUCAUGGAGAAAAAAAUGAUGUCAAUGUACUAUCACGUAACCGGACAAAAAUUUUAAUACCAUGUUUAUAAUCCGCUCGAAUCCGAACUGCUUCUUUGCCUUGACAUUUUCGUUAAAGGCAUUCCGAGAUCAAAUCUCUAAUAAUUUUUAGCAAGGACGAUCGAGAGAUAUUUGUUGCUUCCAAAAGAUUACUUCAUAGAUUAUGCAAUCCUGAAUAUAUGAUUUAUAUUUAUGAGUACAAAAUUGCUAGAACAACUGGAAAACUUUAGUUGUAAUACGAAAUAAUAAAAAAAGAUAUUUUGCAUGAAUUACAUUAUGGCAAAUCUUCAAGAAGUUUUAAUCGAUUUGAGAUGAUUAAUCUGACAUAUAUGUUUAUUUUAAA